GGCUUGAGACCCGGCGCGAUCCAAGAAAGCCCGCCCUUGACCGCCCGCCGUUGACCCACGCACCGCCUCUCAAACCUUUGCCGCGCGUUUGCGGGACUGUGCGGCCACACACUGGCCGGGCCUGAGCAAGCCACGCAAGGGAGCGCGAUUUGCCAUUUGCUCAGUCGGCGUUUAAUCGAAACCGAUAUGAAGGGGCGGGGCCCGCGGGUCUUGGCAAUCGCCUUCUCGUGAGCUGCUAGCUUAUCAUCGGCUUGUUAGGAGUUGCUACUUAUUCCACGUUGCGACAUUUCCACUGCUGUCGCCAGACACAGCUUGUGUCAGCGAGCAGACUUGGGCGGACCUUGUUCCUCGCUGGCCAUUGUGCUCCUAGGGCUCGUCUCGACCUUCAUCCGGGCUAGCCAAACGCCCAGCAAGUAACGUUGCAAGUGCUAGCUUGUGAGCUUUCUCCCUGCGCCACUGCACCAGCUGCCAAACAUACUGAGCUUAAGAAUAAGGUCUGCGCGGUUGCUCCCGGCGUGAAACCCCGCGCGGCCGCCCGGGCCCACGCGGGCGUUCGCAGGUGUGCGCGCAUGUGUGGGUAUAUCACUGCUACUCAAUAUUUUACUGACGCUCAACUCACGCCGCGUUUUGCCCCUUGAACGCCUCGCCCCUCCCCCCGCGCGCACCGUCAGGCUCCCUCAGCCUCCACUGCUGCUGGCAAUUAACAACUGCAACUAGCUAGCAGCCAGCACCCCACCUGCAGCAACAGUCGGACCAGACUCGUCGGACGCCGAUAGACUCGUGUGCUCGCCAUGUCUUCGGCAUCAGGCGGGCGCACCGGCGGCGGCGGCGGCUUUGGCGGCGGCGGCGCGGCGGCAGCUACGCCGCCGCCGCCGGCGCCGCCCACCGCCGCCGGCGCCUGGAUAGAUCUCUACGUCCCGUGCAUCGUGUUUGCCCACGUCUUCGCGGGUAUGUGGCUGUUGCUGGCGUUUCUCAAAAUGCGGCCGACGGCGGGCGCGGCUGUAGCACGCGCCGGCCGGCGGCUGCGGGCGAUGCUACAGCCGCUGCGACGGCGGCCGAUGCUGACGGCGGGGCCAGCGGCGGCGGCGGAGAAGAAGUACGCGGCGGCGGCGCCGCGCGGCCGGUGGAUGGAGGCGGCAGCGGCGCUGGCGGCGGCGGCGGCGUCGUGGGUGGCGGCGCCGCUGCGUGCGUGCUGUGGGGCGCUGCCGCCGCGCCGCCGGGCAGCAGCGGCGGCGUCGGCGGCGUCGGCGGCUGACGUCGGUAUUAGCGGCGGCGGCAGCGGCGGCACUGCUGGCGGGUUUGCCGAUUUGGGUCUCAGAGGCGGGUCAGCGGCGGCGCCGCCGCCACGCCGCCGUCGCCGCCUCUACUCUGAUGACAGUGGCCACGACCGCAACAACAGCAGUAGCGGGUCUGACUCUGAGCAUGAGACUGGUAUUGACCAGCAAGAGUUCGAUGCUGCAGAGCCGCCGACGCCGAUGCUGCUUGUGCCGCGCCGCUGGACGGCGGUGGGCUCGCCCGCAGUGGACAAGCCGCCGGUCACAGCCGUCGUGGCGGCGGCCGCCGCCGCCGCCGCAGCAGCAGCAGCUUCAGGCAAGGCCUCGAUCCACAGCCCUAUUCACGGGGGCGCCGCCAACGGCGAUGGCAGUGACGGCGGCGGUGACGGCGGCAGCGGCAACCAACCGCAGCUGCGUGGUAGCGGCGGCCGCGGCCGCGGCGUGCGUUUCGCCGAGCUGCCUGACGGCGCCGCCGCCGCCGCCGCCGCCGCUGACGCCGCCGCAUCCCGGCCGGCGGCUCGCCGCACUGCCACCAUGCACCACACCGUCACCUUCGCUGAUGCCGCCGCCGCCGCCGCCGCCGCCGCCGCCACCCCCCGCACCGUCGGCUUCAAGACGCUGCGCUACGCUGACGCCGGUGACGGCGGCGGCGGAGCCGCCGCCGCCGCUGCUGACGGCGCCGGCGGCGCCGGCGGCGGCCGCCGCCGCCGCCGUCCCAGCGGGAUCGCCCGCCACAGCGAGCAGCUUCUGGCGGCGCUGGCGGCGCAGGGCGGGUCGGCUCCGGACCCGCGGGUUAUGCGGCGCAUGAGCAGCACGGUGCGGCGGCUGGUGCUGGAGUGGCGGGACCUGGGGUGCGAGUACGACACGGCGGCGGGGCCGAGGACGGUGCUGCAGGGUGUGUACGGCCGCGCCGGCCCCGGCGACCUGCUGGGCCUGCUGGGCCCCAGCGGCGCGGGCAAGAGCACACUGCUGGACGUGCUGGCGGGGCGCAAGCGGGUGGGGCGGCUGCGGGGGCAGGUGCUAGUGGACGGCGCGCCCAGGCAAGAGGCGGCGUUCCUGAGGAGGAGCGCAUACGUGCCGCAGGACGACCACUUCCUGCCCACGCUGACUGCCGGCGAGGUGCUGUCCUUCUACGCCGCGCUGGUGCUUCCCGCCGCCGCGCCGCCGCCCGCCCGCCGCCGCCGCUGCCGCGAGGUGCUGGCGGCCAUGGGGCUGGCGCGGCAGGCAGACACACUGGUGGGUGGCGUGCUGCCUGGCGGGCUGCUGCUGCGCGGCCUCAGCGGCGGCGAGCGCAAGCGGCUGGCCAUCGCCACCGGCAUUGUGGCGGCGCCGUCCGCACUGCUGCUGGACGAGCCCACCAGCGGCCUGGACGCAGCGGCGGCACUGGGCGUGAUGCAGUACAUGCGGGCACUUGCGGACGCGGGCCAUGUGGUGUUGGCGUCAGUGCACCAGCCGCGCGCCGCCAUUUGGGGCAUGUUCACGCAGGCUGUGGUGUUGUCGCGCGGCCGCAUGCUGUACUCGGGCGACUGCGCCGCCGCCGUGGCCUGGUUCGCCGGGCCGCCGCCGCAGCCGGGCCGCGAUGCCGGCAGCGACCUGGGCUCGGGUCUGGGCUACUGCUACGACCCGGGCCGGCACGGCGUGGCCAGUGACUGGAUCAUGGACCUGGUCAACACCACCUUCAAGAAACCCAGGCGUGUGUACGGGCGCAUGAUGACCAGUGCCGCCGACGUUGACGCCGCCGCCGACGCCUUCCUGCUGAGGUACCUGGAGCUGCAGCGGCGGGAGGAGCGGGAGCGGCGGCAGGAGCGGGAGGCAGAGGAGCAGGCGGCGGCGGCGUUGGGGGAGGGCAUGGGGCUAGGAGGAGGGCAACAGCAGCAGCAGCAGCAGCAGCAGCAGCAGGAGAUUGAGGAUGUGCUGCAGCAGCUGCGGCCGCGGCAUGGGGCUGAGGCGCCGGCACCGGCGGGCCCGGCGGCGGCGGCGGCGGCGGCGGCUGUAGCUGAGGGGGUGGAGGGAGCCGGCCGGCCACUGCAGCCGCACCACCACCAACAGCAACAGCUACAGACCGGACCCAUGGUGCCGCCCAACCUGCCGCCGACUGCUACUGCUACUGCCACCGCCGCCGCCGCCGCCGCGGCGGAGCCGCGGCCGCCGCCGGCUGUAGCAGCCGGCGGGGCCCAGAACAGCUUCAGCAGCUACAGCCUCAGCCCGGGAGCUGCAGCCCUCACCAACUGCCCCAACAGCCCCUCCCUCAUCACGCACCGCGGCAGCAGCGCCGGCGGCAGUAGCAGCGCCGGCGGCGCGUCGCUGCCGCUUGCUACAGCCGCCCUCGGCGGCCGGGAUGACUUCCUCGGCGCCAGUGCAAGCGGCGACGCCGGCGGCGGCAGUAGCAGCAGCGGCACCGGCGGCGGCGGCAUCAGCAAGUGGGGCUUGCGCGGCAACAAGCAGCGGUGGCGGCGGGAUGGCGGCGGCGGCGCCGCCGCCGGAGCGCUGCCGCCGGCGCCGGCACCGGCGCCGCCGGUGCUUUCCUCUCCGGAGGGUGACGGCGAGAUUACGGCGGCCGUGCCAGUUGGCGGCGGCCGCGGCGGCGGCCUUGCCGCGCCAUUCGGCACUGCCGCACCCCAAAGCGGCGGCGUCGCAGCGGCGGCCGCAACGCCACCGCCGCCGCCGCCGCCAGCGCAGCAGCCGCAGCCGCCGCCGCGGCGGGGUAUCCUGCGGCUCCGUCGCCGCGAGGACUUUGCCUUCCGCGACGGCGACGGCAGCAGCUCCCAGCAGCAGCAACAGCAACAGCAGCAGCAACAGCAGCAGCAGCAGCAACAACAGCAGCAACAACCUCAGAACAACCAUGGGGACACACCAGGCGGUGACACGAGCGGGGAGGCCUCUGCCAAGGCCGCGGCCGCAUUGGCGGCUUGGGCUGCAGCCGGCGGCGGCGGCAAGGGUGGCGGCGGCGGCAUUGGGUACGGCGGCGGCGGGAGUGUGAGCGGCCGAAGCAGUGAGGACCCGGCGCAGCGGCAGCCGGGAUGGCUACGGCAGGUUCGUGUGCUGCUGUGGCGCGAGCUGCUGUCGGUGACGCGCAACCCGGCUGACGUGGCUGGCCGCAUGCUGAUCUUUUGCUGGGUGGCGGUGGUGGUGGGGCUCAUCUUCUACGCCAUCGGCACAUACUUCGAGAGCCUCAGGUCCCGGCUGGACGUUAUGUUCAUCGAGGUGUGUGUGCUGCUGCUGCUGCCGUACGUGUACAUGUCGCUGUACACCGCCGACAAGCAAUACUACACCGCAGAGAUCAGUGCGCGGCUGUACGCGCCGUCAGCAUACUACGUGGCCAAGGUUCUGGCUGUGUUCCCCUUCUCGGUCCUGUCCAUGCUGGUGUUCUGCUUCACCAUCUACGGCAUGUCGGGUUUGCGGCGCAGCGGCGGCGCACUGGUGCAACACGGCGUGCUGGCUACACUGGCCUACCUGUGCGGCUCACAGGUCUUGUACGCGGCGGCUGUGGCCACGCCCAACCAGGACACGGCCUUCAUGGUGGCCAUCGCCUGGACCGCCGUCAACAUCCUCAUGAGCAACUACCUGGUGCGCUACCAGGACAUGGACCAGUACUGGGUGUCUGUGGCGCUAAGGUGGUUCAGCGUCAUGGCCUGGGCAUUCGGCGGCAUGGCCGGCGCGGAGUUCCGGGACCAGCAGUACGGCUGCAGCGCGGGUUUCGGCACGGGCGUGUUGGGGGUGCUGCCCGGGUACCUGCCCGGCAACACCGCGCUGAACCCCAGGAACCUGCUCCAGGGCAUCCUGGCCGACCCCGGCCCCACCUGCUUCGUGGACACCAACAUCAUCCUGGACUACUUUGGCGGCGCCAUGCGGCAGCCCUUCUGGCGCCUGGCCGUCAUUCUGGUGGGCUACCUGGCGGCGCUCCACGUCAUCACCUUCACGGCGCUCAAGCUCACGGCGGGCCGGGAGCGCCGGUAGCGUGGGAGGAAGGUGGAGGGAGAGGGAGGGGGAAGAGGGAGGGGGGAGAGGGAGGGGGGGGGGUGGGGGGGAGAGGAAGGGGGAGGGAGGAGGGAAGGGAGAGGGAGGAGGGAAGGGAGAGGGAGUGGUUUGUUCCAGUCGCAGGUGGACCUGGAGCUGCCCAGAACCAGGGGCGGCAUGCAGUUGGGGGGCAGCAGUAGUAAGACGGGUUAGUUGUCGGAGGUGAUUGCACUUGUUGAUCAUCAUGGGCUGGCAUGGCAAGUGAGUCGUGCGCGUGGAGGUGUGUGGUGUGGGGAUGGUGCGUUGUGCGUUGCCUUGCGCUGGCCUGCUGAGGGGCCUCAGGGGCAGGUUGAGUCUGCUAGAGUUGGAUGGGAUGAUGGUGACGGUGACUCGACGCGGGGACACGCACACGUUUGUAUGCAUGGACAGGCUGGGACGUGGUUGGCUAGCAUACCAGCAGGUGUAUUGGGUCGUCCGCACUACAGUAAACACACGGCUGGGCGCACCGGCUCCUCAGUUCCCUGCUUUUUUCCGUGUUUGCAUUUAUUUCAGGCUCGCACGCUCGAAGAGGGGUAAUGUGUGGGAUUCGGUAUGUAACAGCAAUGAAUU